UCUGGUCAAUCUUCUCGUCUUUUAAGGUAGGUUCAUAAAUGAACACCGGGUGAUUUAAGGUAUUGAAUCAUUAUUUUUCGACCCUUGUAUGUAUUACUACCUACUGCCAAUAAUUGCCUCAUAGCCUAUCAUACUCUCUCUCUUUUUCAGCCUUCUUUGACACCUGUGCGGGUCUUCGCCGUUGAAGCGCACUUUCCCUAGCUUCCUCCUUAACGUAUAAGCCUCGCCUCCCUCUCUCUCUGUCUCUGUCUCUCUCUCCAGCAUGCAUCUCUCUUGAGAGUUUCAUCCUGAAGCUUGAUGGGUUGUUGACACACAGUGCGAAACAUCCACAACAAAAGAGCUGCUUUUCAACAUUGCAGGGUCUCUCCAUCUGAUCUCUCCCCUUGUGCGUGCCGGUGCAACUUCUGUCAUUAAGACGCAGGUUUGCAGAUCGUCGCGCCUUGCUUCUUUGGGGUCUUUUCUUGGAGCGGAAUGAUCACGGCGGGUGCAAUGAAGAAGAGGAGCCAAGGGGCUCGGGUGGUACUGGUAGGCCUGGUUUUCCUCGCAGCACUCCUGGUGCUUCGCACCAAUGUGUCGACCGUAUCCAGGCUGAGCGUUGCUGCUCCUCCACGCUCCCUCACCAAGAACGGUCAAGGUACCAAAAAGUUGUUACAACGAGAGAUUACGGGGGUCCCACUCAACAGCCAAUGGCAAUCCCCUGAAUCCAGAGAAGUAGCAGCAGCAGCAAUCACCUGCGACCGGUCUCACCACGCAUACGACACCUGCACCGUCAACGGCCCCACCCUCCUCCACUCACCCACCUCCACCUUCUUCCUCCUCCGCCCCGCCGCCGUCCGCCUCUCGCCGGAAAAAAUCCGCCCUCACCCACGCAAAUGGGAGAACUCCACCAUGUCCAAGAUCAAAGAGUUCACCCUCGCUCCCGCCGGCCCUCCGCAAGACCUCCGGUGCGACUUCGAGCACGACGCCCCCGCCCUCGUUCUCAGCGUCGGCGGCUACACCGGCAACUUCUUCCACGAGUUCGGCGACGGCCUCGUCCCCCUCUUCGUCACCGCCAACACCGUCUUCCCCGGCCGCGAUUUCGUCCUCGUGAUCGACGGCGCCACCGAUCGGUGGAUACACAAGUAUGAGGACUUGCUCCAAGCUCUCAGCGGUCGUCCCGUCGUAUAUGUCGACCACGCCAACGGUUCUCAUUGCUUCCCUUCCGCGUCGCUUGGGUUGAUCUCUCACGGAUUCAUGACGAUAAACCCUAAAUUGACGCCUAAUUCCAGAACCUUCUUGCAUUUCCGCCGAUUCCUCGACGAGGCCUACCGGCGCAACCGCCCUGAGGCCCCCGCGGCCGCUCCUCGGUCCCUGGCAAGGAGACCGCGGCUCGUGAUCGCCGCCAGAACCGGCGGCGUCGGGCGCGUGAUCCUGAACCAGAAGGAAGUCACGGACCUGGCGAGGGCGGUCGGCUUCGAGGUGGCCGUCUUCGAGCCAAACCGGAGCACGCCGCUGCGGGAGGCGUACGAGCUGAUCAACUCCAGCCACGCGCUGGUCGGCGUGCACGGGGCGGCACUCACGCACACACUGUUCCUCCUGCCGGGGGCGGUGCUGGGGCAGGUGGUGCCUAUCGGAGCGGGCUGGGUGGCGCGGGCGUGCUUCCAGGAGCCGGCACUGGCCAUGGGGCUGAGCUACGUGGAGUACGGGAUCGCGCCAGAGGAGAGCAGCUUGUUGGAGAAGUACGGGAGAGACCACGUGCUGCUGAAGGACCCGGCGGCGGCCAACGGCGGCGGUUGGUCGGCGAAGGUGAUGAGCGUGUACCUGAAGGAGCAGAAUGUGAGGUUGGAUUUGGGGAGAUUUAGGGGUUUUUUGGAGGUGGUGUAUGAGAAGGCCAACAAAUUCAUGGAGGAGGAAGGAAAAGGGUUAAAUUGAAUGAAUUUUAAGAAUCAAAUGGAUGUUAAUUAAUUUCUCUUUUUCCUUUGUCAAUA